ACGUCAUUGCCAUUGGCAGUUCUGUACCAUCAUGCCGAACUGACAGUGGCACUGAAUUAUUCCGGGUGCGGUGUUGUCACCGAGUGAUUUUUUGAAAUACACAAAUUUAGAAGAAGUGAGGGUUAUAAACCAACUAUAUAAUAUAUGCUUUGCCUUUACUUACCAACUAAAGCAUGUCUAUGGAGAGGGCUUUGGAAUUGCUUUCCGAUCAUCUUACGACGAAUCUUCAUGAAAGGCAUGUGUAUUUAUUGAAAAAGAUAACAGAUGAAAACAGCCAAGGUUUUCUAUUAAAAGAAUGCCGUGCAUUGGUCAAAGCUAUAAGCACAUAUUUCCCAAGGACAAUAGAACAUCAAGAGUAUGUCCAGUCAUUGGUUAACCUGUUACAAGUUGUUAGCUUGUCCUUCCUCAAGCAGAAGUCCUCAGACAUUGUAAAAUUCGAACAAGAUGCAGUAGAAGCAAUUUCAACAAUUGCUGCCUUUUUACGGGAAGUUGAGAGUGAUGAGUUGCAGGUGCACAUAUGUCGUGCCCUCAUUGCUUUUUACAGUGCCAGACCACAGCAUGUGGAUGUUGAAGCUAUUUUGCAGCCAACUAGCAAUGAGUUUAACAUGAGAGUUGUGGAUAUGGGAACCGUCACACGCACAGUUUCCAAGUUCUUUUGUGUCUUGGAGGGCAACCUUGACAUGGCUAUGGAAACCAUGGACCUCUUACAACAUCUGUCUGCAGUCUCUGCUAGCAACUGCAGUCAGAUGAUAGAGGCAGGAGUAGGCGAGGCGGUGUGUAGAUGGCUGCUCACUUCGACCGGCUACAGCCUUGUCUUCAGAGCUAGCGAGCUGCUGUGGAAUCUGCUGGAGCAUUGCAGAGACAGCGCAGCGGAGCAACUGACAAAGGAAAGCUGCAUUUUAGCCCUUCAGGGGGCGCUGCUGAAGCUGACGACGGGGGCUCACGACGAGGCCGGACGCCAGCUUCGCAACGAUCUACUCGCUAUCAUCACCCUGGUGGCAGGUGCUAGACCUGACGCGUCGAUUGUGAAUGUUGGUCUCUUCAGGCAGCUGGUAGUGCUUGCUACAUUUCAAGAGGUGCGCAGCCACCAUGCCCUCGUUAAGCAUCUGAAGCUCACAUCAAAUGAGGAAGACUUUGAAUUCAAGAAAAUGCUCAUUAACAUGUUAGUGCUGAUGUGCAGGAACAGCCUAGCCAUGGAGGAGAUGUCAGCGAGCAAGGUACCUCUAGCGCUAUUCUCGUUCGUGAAACCUGCCGACAGCGACAGCUCCUCCCACUGGCCGUGGAACCAGGCGCAUUACGCUGAGCUGCAGCUACAUGCUAUGUCGGCACUAUGCACGGUGGCGCCACUCUGCCUGGAUGGCUAUAUGACAUGCCACGGAGGGACACGAUUGCUACUCUACCUUGAGUGGUGUUGUGCAGAUGACAAAAUCACUGAGCGGCAACUGCAGCUACUGCAUUGUCUAGAUCUUCUGAGGUGUAUGGCUGCCACGGAGCAACAGGAGGUUCUGCAAGAUUUGUGUGACCAAGGUGCUAUUAGCCAACUCACAGAUAUUCUUCAAAACGACUACGUAAAUAUUUCAAAAAAGGAGACAGUGCAGGAAGUGCAGAUUCAAAACGCAGCCUUCUUCAUUCUUUCCUCACUUACUGACACUGAGAAUCAUAGAAAGGAACUAUUUGGAGAGAAAGGUGUUAAGGUUCUCAUCUAUUACCUGAGGACUUGUCCACAGAAAGUAGCCAGUGGUCUAGGUCACAAUCAACUGAUGCUUACCAUUAUAGGCUGUGUGUGGUCCUGUGUUGUUGGCUGCCCUGUUGUUGAAGAUAAAUUCAUGGAGUCAGAAGGUGUUUUCCUGCUUUUGGAUUGCUUGGAGCUGUGUCCAACUAGCAUGCACAACUUAACCCUAGGCUGCUUACUCGAUUUGUGCUUGAACCCUGCCGCUGUGCCCCAUCUCGAUGUCUGGAGAGGAAAGGAGCAGAACACUCUGCCUAUUCUGCUCUGUCAGCUGUGGCGUAGGGAGGAGUCUGAGAUGCAAGUGUCAAGAAGUGAGGAUGGUGCUAUUGCAGAUGUCUUUAAGCCAUUAAUGGGGAAGGAUCAAGAACAACAAGAGGUAGUCCUGCUUCCUGCCUCCUGCCCUAGUGCUGCUGUGGUGGAUGUAUCGGAAAACGUCCGUGCCAAAAUCUACUCUCUAUUCACGAUUGUGGGCUGGGAUAGGAGUAAGGAACUCUGUCCGAAUGAUGAGAUUACCUUUGAGCUUAUACGUGGAUACUUGGAUUUAAAGGUUGGUGAGGUGUGGAAUGAGAUCAUAGCAGAGCUGGAAGAGGAGGGCCUGCGUCCUAUCAGCCCCGACCAGGAGGCCCUCACCACUGUGCAAAGAGCCACCCUUGCCCGUGCAGAGACUGUUGCCAGAAAACAACAGGAUGUGGUGGAGGCAAAACAACAGCAGGAGUUGCUAGAUGAGAAAGCUUGUUAUGACGAGAUUAGAGAAUCUCAUCAUUCCAAGACGAGAGCAAAGCGAGAGUUCCAGGAAUACGUUAAUCGAACAGCCAACUACGAACUACUGAGAAGGACUAGGGCAGCACAGCUGGGCAGUAUUGAGCAUUCCAGGGCCAAGCUAUCACCAAGUCUUCUAGGCACCUUUCACAGUACCGAGAUGCCAUCGCUGAACACAACGACGUUUUGCGGGAGGCAGGUGACAGUACAAGAGAUGGCUAUGUCAUUGGACCACUGACAAGCUGCCUAAACAAACGGGACCAUUUGAUUGAGAUGUCAUCUACAUGUCAUCAAGAAAACUAAUGCAGCAAGAGUCCAGUCAACAUCACUAUUGCUGUAAGACAUCGGUGAAAAUUAUUAUUAUUAUAAGGUUCUAGUAGAGGUCACUAUUGCAUCAAAGUUCCAAGAAAUGUUACUAAUACAAAAUAUCAAGAGUGCUCUAUUACGCACUCUUGAAAAUAUGUACUAUACAAAUGUUGCUGUCAAAAUAUCCUUAAUGGGUUAUGACUAUCUUGCCUUUAAAUACGUGAUAAACAAAUUUGUUAGAGAUAUAUUGUUAAGUAUUAAUUUGGUAAAUAUAUAUUUGAUUAUAGCAUAGAUAUAUACAACCCCUGUGUUGUAUAUAUCUAUGAUUAUAGGUAUGAAAUCACGAGUAAAUACAUACAUUGUCAGUUUUAUCUGGACUCGUUGACUCAUUUGAUUCAAUAUAAUACCACACGUAUUACCC